AUGCUCCCUGAGGCCACCUCACUGUGGCUGCUGCAGCUGCUCCGGGACACCCAUCUCGCCCAGUUUUACCGGCCCAUCCUCAAGGAGCUGAAUGUUACUCGGCCGGAGCACUUUGACUUUGUAAAGCCCGAGGACUUGGAUGGCAUCGGCAUGGGCCGGCCUGCACAGCGCAGAUUGACAGAAGCUCUGAAGAGGCACCGUGCUGGACACAAGCCCAAGAACUGGGUCUACAAGAUCCUUGGGGGACUGGCCCCCGAACAGAAAGAAACCAGCCCCCUCUCAGACAGCCCUGUGCCCCGCCUGGAGCCAGAGGGGGGACUCAAGUGUCUUAUCCCAGACGGUGCCGUGUGCAGAGGGGAGCUCCUGGGUUCUGGUUGCUUCGGGAUUGUGCACCAAGGGCUCUGGAAGCUGCCGAAUGGCCAGAGCAUCCCAGUGGCCGUCAAGUCCCUCAGGGUCGACCCCGAAGGCCCAGUGGGCACAGAGCUGGGGAACUUCCUGCGAGAAGUGUCCAUCAUGAUGACCUUGGAGCAUCCGAACGUGCUCCGUCUGCACGGCCUCGUUCUGGGCCAGCCUCUGCAGAUGGUGAUGGAGCUGGCCCCACUGGGCUCCCUGCAUGCACGCCUGACCGCUCCAGCCCCGACACCCCCGCUGCCAGUGCCUCUUCUGUGCCUCUUCCUGCGGCAGCUGGCGGGGGCCAUGGUGUACCUUGGGUCUCGUGGGCUGGUACAUCGAGAUCUUGCUACCCGGAACCUGUUGCUGGUUUCACCGCACACCAUCAAGGUGGCUGAUUUCGGACUGGUGCGGCCACUGCGGGGCACCCAAGGACGCUAUGUCAUGGCUGGACCUGGCCCCAUCCCCUUUGCUUGGUGUGCUCCAGAGAGCCUGCGCUGGGGAACCUUCUCUUCUGCCUCGGAUGUUUGGAUGUUUGGGGUGACUCUGUGGGAGAUGUUCUCCAGGGGUGAGGAGCCCUGGGCUGGGGUCCCACCGUAUCUUAUCCUACAGCGUCUGGAGAAGGAUCGCGCUCGGCUCCCCAGACCUCCCCUCUGCUCCAGGGCUCUCUACGCCCUUGCCCGGCGCUGUUGGGCUCCCAACCCUGCUGACCGACCUAGUUUUUCCUGCCUCGAGGAGUUGCUUCAAGAGGCCUGGCCUCUCGAGGGACGCUGCGUUAGAGAUGUCACAGAGCCAGGUGCCCUGAGGAUGGAGCCCGGCGACCCUAUUACCAUCAUUGAAGGCAGCGUCCUUCCCCACAGUGCCGACUCCGCAACCUGGAAGGGCCAGAACGGUCGCACGCUCAAAGCAGGCCUCUUCCCAGCCUCGGCAGUGACUCUGGUUGACUCGGGGAACGUCCCAGCCAGCCGUGCAAUCCACAGAAGUGCCUCUAGCCAGGCAGGGCAGGGCCAGAGAAGUACAGAUGGUGGAGACAGAGAAAAGGCAAAGCUUUGGGAAAAACCUUCAACCCGGGUCCAGAAAAGAAACAUACCCCUAAAGAACAUGAAAGCCAUUUCUAAGAGUCUGGAGUCUGUCCUGUCCCUGGGUCCCCGACCCACCGGGGGAGGCUCGAGCCCUCCUGAACUUCGACAUGCCAGAGCUGUGUCCCAGGAGUCUCCAGGCCUGCCAACCCACCCUACCUUCGCUGCUGCCAACCCUUCUCACCAACCUAGCCAGCCUGUUAAGGAAAAGCCUCCCUGCCUCAAAAGAGAAACUGCACAAUAUCACCCCAAGAAGGCGCAGAAAGCCAACAAGGCCAUUCUCCCCUCUGGAGACCCCUUGCCCGACUCUGAGUUACAGAGAAAGAUCAGAGAGGUGGAGCUAAAAGUGCACGGAGUCACCCACCAAGAGUGCCUGGCAACACUCAGGGCCACCAGGGGAGAUGUGGCUGCAGCCGUUCAGAACCUCAAGGUAGACCAGCUUUUCCACCUGAGUAGCCAGUCUAAAGCUGACUGCCGGCGCAUCCUGGAACAUUACCAGUGGGACCUCUCUGCUGCCAGUCGCUAUGUCCUGGCGCAACGCUGAGUCCUGCUCCUUUGGUCAUGAACACCGGGGAAAGACAUCGUUACUAUGUGGAACCAGCGAGGGACUCAGAAAAGCCAGAGCCAGAUUCUGACAAAGCAGCUCUUUCCACUGUGGGAAAUUCUACUGUAGUCUGGUAUAGGAACAUUGGGCAGUGGUGAACCUUUGUCUCUGAGGGCUCAAGUCCCCUUGGCUUUGGGUCAUAGAAGAAUCUAAUCCGCUUUACCUACCACCUUCCCAAACAAGAGGACGACUUGGAGGA